AUGGGUAACGUCUUUAGCAGCAUUUUCGGGCGUCUCUGGGGCGUGAACAAAGAGAUCCGGAUCCUGAUUCUGGGACUGGACGGUGCGGGCAAGACCACGAUUCUGUACAAGCUGCAGAUGGGCGAGGUGGUCAAGACCAAGCCGACAAUUGGAUUCAACGUUGAAACAUUAACAUACAAGAACAUAUCGAUAAACAUGUGGGAUUUGGGCGGCCAGACGUCGAUCCGGCCAUACUGGAGAUGCUACUACGCCAACACCGCGGCCGUGAUUUUUGUUGUUGAUUCGACAGAUAAGGAACGUAUAGAAGUCGCCAAAAAAGAGCUGCAUAUGAUGUUGAAAGAGGACGAGCUGACAGAAAGCGCCUUGUUGGUGUUCGCCAACAAGCAGGACCAGCCAGGAGCGCUGACUGCGGCCGAGGUUUCCAAAGCGUUGGGGUUGGUGGACCUUAAGGACCGCAGUUGGAGUAUCGUGGCCUCCAGUGCCAUCAAAGGUGAAGGACUUACAGAGGGGUUGGAUUGGCUGAUCGACGUGAUUAAAGAAGAGCAGUUAUAA